AUGGAAGAUUUUCUUUCAGAUCCUACGUUAACAGAUAACUCCUCAUUUAUAAUUUAUCCAAGAAAAGAAGUUUACUAUGAUUUUCAUGAUACUACAAAUUAUCAAGAUAGUUUUUGGUUUAGUCUGCCAUCAGAUUUACGAAUACUUGAGAAUAUGUCCGUUAUAGAUUACCUACGACAAUUUUCACAUCUUUCAUCUAGAAAGUAUGAUUUAUAUCGACGUAUAUAUAAUCACUGGUGUCAAGGCUCUAAACUUUCUAUUGAUAAAUUAAAUAAUGCAUUUGAAGAUAUUGUACCAGUACAAAUUCCAAUUAGUUGUUAUACAUUAGUAUUUAAUCUAAUUGGAUUACAAGUUAUAGAUUAUCAAUAUAUUGAUUUUGAAACAUUCUGUUGUAUAUGUAUUGUUGCAGAACGUCUUAUAUUCUAUAAAAUUAUGAAGGACUCGAAUAUACCUAUACCAUCAAAGGAUAUUUUAGAAAUGAUAGAAUUUCAACGAUUACAAUGUCAAUAUACACAACUUAAUCUAAAUAAGAACAUUAAACAUUUUCUUGAUUUAAUACUUCUUUAAAAUAAUGAAUUGUAUAACCCCUUUAAGUUUAUAGCAAUUUCACUAUGUACAAAAUACAAAUAUACUACUUUAUAUUAUAUAUUCUAUGUAUAGAACAAUCCCCCUACUUCGGUUUGGUC